UUAUGGUUUUACAAUUGUAUUUUAUUUUAUUUGAGAAUGGACAAAAAAAUCGAAAACGAAAACCAAGGUUUAAAGGAAAAUAUUGCUUUUCUGCUUCCUGACCGUGGAAAUUUAGAUGAUCCAAGCAUAAAAUGGCGAUCAGGAAAACCCGAUUAUACACGUGCCAAUUCAGAGUUUUUUAAAGGAAAAACAAUGAACCAUCCAGAAGGAUCUAUUGAAAAGUUUGUUGAAGACUUAGUCAAAACAUGGGAAAUGGAAUGUUCUCAUAAAAUCGAUUUUCAACAAUGGAACACGGUAAACCACGAAACAUAUUGCAUAAGUGCUAAUGGUGGGAAAAAGUUUUCAGGCGAAGAAAACCUUGUAGAAGGAAACUACAAUGUGCUGUUAAACGUAUGCAAUCCUGAAUUUUAUGAUUCCAAAAAAGAAGAUUUUGAAAGUUCUCACGUUCUGUUCAGAAGUUGUUUUGAUAACUCUUUUCCUUGGGAGCUUUUAAAAGUAUUUUCAGGUCCACCCAAAGUUGUGUUUACAUGGAGACAUUGGGGUACAUUUUCUGGUACAUUUAUGGAACAAAAUGGUGAUAAUAAGUUGUAUGAAAUGUAUGGUUUUUGUAUAGUAAAGGUCAAUCAAGACAUGAAAAUUGAAAGUAUUGACGUAUAUUACAAACCAGAUGAUUUUUUCAAAGCAUUAUUAGAAAAAAACCCAACUCUUUCAGGAACAAACUCAAUAUUUGGAAAUGGUUGUCCCUUUGCUUCCAAUGCGUGAGGCAACUUAUCAAUUGUAAACUUUAUUGUGCUAUGAGUUUUAUAUGUUUUUUAUGUUUAA